AUGACCAAUCAGAUGGUCAUCACCUCUCUUCUCUCUGUCUCUCUAUCUCUCUAUUUUUCUUCUUCACUAUCCUCAUAUAAGAUCAUUAUCUAUGCUUGUUCUGAUCUAUCUAUCUAUCUAUCUAUCUAUCUAUCUAUCUAUCUAUCUAUCUAUCUAUCUAUGUCUGUUCUGAUCUAUAGUAUUUAUCCGAUUAUUUUGAUCAACAUCAAUUUACUUAUAUAUUUCCUUUUUUAUCAUUUCAUAUCUAUCUAUCUAUCUAUCUAUCUAUCUAUCUAUCUAUCUAUGUUCAUAUCUAUCUAUCAGUUUAUCUGUCUAUCACUGUUGAUAUCUCUCUCUAUCUAUCUAUUUAUGCAUCUUUUUCUUUCUUUCUUUCUUUCUUUCUUUCUUUCUUUCUUUCUGUCACUCUAUGUAUCUAUCUAUCUAUUGGCCUGUCUGUCUGUCUAUCUAUCCCAAGCUUUUCUCAUCACUAACAUUCUUAAAAUCAUUCAUAUCUAUUUUUGUAUCAAACUUAAUUUCUAUCUAUCUAUCUAUCUAUCUAUCUAUCUAUCUAUCUAUCUAUCUAUCUAUCUAUCUAUCUAUCUAAUCCGUCUAUCUAUCUAUCUAUCUAUCUAUCUAUCUAUCUAUCUAUCUAUCUAUCUAUCUAUCUAUUAUAUUAUCACUUCAUAUCUAUGUUUAUAUCUCUCUGCGUAUCUCAUUUUGUUUAUAUCUAUCAUCUAUCUAUCUAUCUAUCUAUUCUAUCUAUCUAUCUAUCUAUCUAUCUAUCUUCAUCUUUAA